AAACAGAGACCAUACAUGGGUUUUAAUGUUCUAAAAAAUAAAAGACUGUAGCCUUCCAAAUAAAUUGGAUUCAGACUUCAUAGUCAAGCAAAAUGAUAUAUACCGUAGAGUUUGCUAUAGAGAUCAUGUUGGGAAUAGCAACAAAUUGAAAAGUACCAGUGCCAAAAACUUUACCCCAAGAGAGUAAUGGGGUUUGCCAAAAAAAUUGGUGAGUAUCAGCUUGGUAGGACAAUAGGAGAAGGUACAUUCUCUAAGGUUAAGCUGGGUGUCAAUGGCAACAAUGGUCAGAAGGUUGCGAUCAAGGUCAUUGAUAAGCAUAUGAUCCUGGAAAACAAUCUUAAGAAUCAGGUUAAAAGAGAAAUCAGAACAAUGAAACUUCUGCACCAUCCAAAUAUAGUUAGAAUUCACGAGGUUAUUGGCACAAAGACGAAGAUAUACAUUGUAAUGGAAUAUGUAUCAGGAGGACAACUACUAGACAAGAUGUCCUAUGGCGAGAAGUUGAAUGAAUGUGAGGCAAGAAAACUAUUCCAGCAACUUAUUGAUGCCUUGGAUUACUGCCAUAACAAAGGGGUUUAUCAUCGAGAUCUCAAGCCAGAAAACUUGCUUCUUGACAACAGGGGAAAUCUCAAAGUGUCUGAUUUUGGAUUAAGCGCGUUGCAAAAGCGUAAUGAAGUCUUAACCACAAGGUGUGGAUCCCCAUGCUAUGUGGCACCUGAGCUGCUAUUGAGCAAGGCGUAUGAUGGAGCAUCUGCUGAUGUUUGGUCAUGUGGGGUGAUCCUUUUUGAAUUACUUGCAGGUUAUUUGCCAUUUAAUGACCAGAACUUGAUGAGCUUAUAUGCAAAGAUAUGGAAGGCAGAAUAUAAAUGUCCCCCUUGGUUUACUCACAAUCAAAAGAAACUAAUUGCCAAAAUACUUGAACCACGUCCUGUAAAGAGGAUAACUGUACCAGAUAUUAUUGAAGAUGAGUGGUUUCAAACAGAUUACAAGCCUGCUUUUGCAUCUGACUUUGAUCAUAACAUUAACUUGGAUGAUGUUGAUGUUGCUUUCAAUUCAAUUGAGGAGAAUAUCACAGAGCCAACUAUAUCCAAGUCCUCAAGUUUCAUCAAUGCGUUUCAACUAAUAGCUAUGUCUGAGGACCUUGAUCUAUCUGGCCUUUUUGAAGAACAGGAUGAAAAAAAGCAGAGAACAAGGCUGGGAUCCAAACACACUAUCAAUGAAACAAUAGAAAAAAUAGAGGCCGCUGCAACAGAUGUAAGAAUGUCGGUAGAGAAAAUGAACAACUUUAAGAUGAAAAUGCAACCAAAACAGAUGAUGACCAGGUGUUCUAGAUCAUAUUCAUACCUAUCAGCCCAGGUGAUUGAAGUUGCUCCAACUCAUUGUGUUGUAGAAAUAUCAAAAUCCGCAGGAGAUCUAAGAAUGUACAACAAAUUUUGUGAAAGUCUAUCAAAUUUGUUGAAAAAAAAACCUGGUGUGCCAUCACAAAGCCAAGACUCUGUAGUUCCAUUCGCCAGAAAAAAGCAAGAUGCUCAAUGUUAUGAAGAUCUAAAAAGUGAAGAUAGCAAACUUCUUCGUGGCUAUAAAUCUGCUUGAAGAUGGACUGAAUCCAAGUCUUUUUCUUUCUAGUGAAGUUCAGUGGAAGUUUGACAAGGAUAAAACAAAGUAAAAAAUAAAAAUCCAGGACAAAUUUUCGCUAUAAGUAUUUCUUCUUUUCUCCUUUCCAUAUACCUUCUUUCUGUUGUUCUUUUUCAUUCAUUACUCUCUUCAUUGUAAAAUAGUGAGAGAUGUAAAUUGACAUUUGCACAGCACAUCCUGUGGAGAAUAAUAAUAAAUGUGAAUAGCAAUUUGCAACGAGUUAAAA